UAUCAAGUGACACAGAGGAUAUGCUGAAAAACUCAUGCAAACAGUAUUAAUUUACAUUUUAUUUUAAAGCAUUGUAUGUACACUAAGAUUAUUAAGGAAGAAAAAGGAGAAAGAAAAGAAAUUUAACAGCUUAUUUUGGAAUAGAUAUACCUAGUUCUGGCAUGCUGCUAAAAGUCUCUAAGGAGAGGGCUAUAACUGAGGAGAAAGUACAGUGCUCUGUGUGGACCGCAUGACUAGCUUGCUGAUGUGAUGAAGCUCAUUUUGUUCGCUUGUUGAAAGUUUUGUUCCUUACCUAAAAGACUUUCCAUACAGCCAUGCCAGCCCAGCAGAAGAAAGUCAUUUUUUGUGUAGCUGGGUUAUUGAGCUUUGCUUGUGCUCUAUGCAUUGCAGCAGCUAUCGGGACUCAAUUGUGGAUAAAAGGAACAAUACUCUGCAAAACUGGAGCCUUGCUCGUCAAUGCUACAGGACAAGAACUGGAGAAGUUUAUUGGUGAAAUUCAGUAUGGGCUUUUCUAUGGGGAGCGUGUUAGACAAUGCGGGCUCGGAGGGAGACCUUUUCAGUUUUCAUUUUUUCCAGAUCUGCUCAAAAUUAUCCCUGCAAGCAUCCACGUUAGUGUCAUUCUCUUCUGUACAGUCCUGAUUGUCUUUGCUCUGAUUGGAACCGGGUUCUUCAUGUACAAUGCAUUUGGCAAUCCCUAUGAAACUCUGCAUGGCCCAGUAGGAUUAUACCUUUGGAGCUUCAUUUCCUGGUCUUGCGGCUGUCUCAUCAUGAUACUAUUUUCUUCAGAAGUCAAAAUUCAUCACCUCUCUGAGAAAAUUGCAAAUUAUAAAGAAGGAAAUUUUAUAUUUAAAACUAACAGCGAACAAUUUUCAAAUUCAUUUUGGAUCAUCCUAGUUUGCUCCUUAGUGCAUUUCCUGAAUGUCUUACUAAUAAGGCUUGCUGGAUUUGAUUUUCCUUUUUCAAAAUCUAAAGAUUCAGAGACAGUAACUGGAGCUGUUGAUCUCAUGUACUAGAAUUAAGUGAAUUUUUAAACAACAUUUCAAGCAACUUUUUUCAGUCUCACCCACAUUUUCUACCACCAAGUGUAUCUGGUUUUGAAUGACUAGCUCUAAAGAAGUUAAAGAGAAGAAAAAGAUUUGAGAUAAAUGUCAACACAGCCUAUAUCAUAAACGUACAGAAUAUGUGUUACUCAUUGAGGUUCCAUGGAGUAGUACCUUAUCAUAAAAGUAGUCCCAUUUGUCUCUAUGGGAUUAUUUGAGAAAUAAGGUUCUGCUGUACAUAGUGAAGACAAUCUGGCCUUAGGACAUAAAUCAAAUCAAGAAAAAUACAGGCAAUCAUUUUCACCAGCAGAACAGCAUUUGCCUAUAUGUGCGACGGUGGUGUUACACCACAAUGACUGCUACUGUAUCAAGACUGAACUAGGAAUUCCAUUCUCACAAAAGCACAAAGGACCAGUGACCACACGCCUGGUCGCAGACACAGGAUGAAAGAGAAAAGAAUGGAUUGGGCUUUCUUAAAUUAACAAAUGUAGCUCACAGUCUUGCAUACACUACCAAGAAUGGUGCUUAGUGCUACAGUAAGCACUAAUCCUAUACGGGCCCAAUGCUGUAACUACUAACAUUUGAAUCUUAUGUUAUAUUGUUUAUAAUGUUUUGGUUUGAAGUUACUAAGUAUUGUUUUGCAUUUUCUAUUUUAUAAUGGUCAAAUUCAGCAGUAAAG